GACUUCAUAUCUAAACAAGUGCUUACACUAUCGUCCAUUACACUACCAAAUCCGUUGAAUACCUUUACCAUUGAACCCAACCAAUCUUGAGACAUUCCAAAUACUAUCAAGCUAUAUCAUGCCUCCUCAUAGUGACGCUCCCUCACCAGCAGGGUCCUUCAGCUCCCAGCUAUACAGCCACAGCCAAUGGCACUCAAGCAAUGGAAAUCACAACUUCAUGUCUGGUUCUUCAUCGAGCGCUUCUGCAGACGAUCGCUUGGAUGACGUGCAGCAUAUAAGACGUCCUCUAACACCCGGCGUCUAUGUUCCAACCAUGUGCUUCUUCGAUGCAGAUACAGAAGACGUCGACACCGCUGCAAUUGCCGCUCAUGCUGUGCGACUCGCCCAAGCUGGUGUAACAGGCCUUGCGACGCAGGGUUCCAACGGAGAGGCCGUUCAUCUCUCCCACUCAGAGCGACAGCUGGUCACCGCCACUACAAGAGCCGCCCUCAAUGACGGCGGCUUCUCGCAUAUGCCCUUGAUCGUGGGAUGUGGAAGCCAGAGCACGCGCGAGACUGUACAAUACUGCUAUGAGGCUUGGGAGGCUGGCGGUGACUAUGCGCUCGUCCUACCCCCGUCCUACUAUGCCACUUUAUUUGCCCCGGCCUCGGAAACCAUCCUGGAGUAUUUCACAAGAGUCGCAGACAAAUCCCCUAUUCCCAUCAUAAUCUACAACUUUCCUGGUGCCGUGGGGGGCAUGGAUUUGUCGUCCGACAUGAUCAUCACUCUUGCACGACAUCCAAAUAUUGUAGGCGUGAAGUUGACAUGCGGCAACACAGGGAAACUGAACAGGGUAGCCGCAGCGACCCGUAAGCUUUCAAAACACAACUCGAAGGCGCCCGUGUUCCUUGUCCUCGCAGGUUCCGCCGACUUUCUGAUCCCUUCUCUGGCCGGAGGUGGUCACGGCAUCCUGGCAGGCUUGGCCAACAUUGCCCCGAGAGCAUGCAUCAAGGCCAUGGACCUCUAUCUGCAAGGUAAUGUUUCCGAAGCACAAAAGAUGCAGGAAUUGGUCUCACAGGGCGACUGGACGGCGAUCCAGGGCGGUGUGGUCGGUGUCAAGGCUGGACUACAGGCUUGGAUGGGUUACGGAGGCUUUGCACGAAGUCCACUGCCGAGGCCAGACACAGAGCAAACGAAGCGAUGGAGGGAAGGUUUCCGGGACCUUGUGAUGCUGGAGAGAUCACUCUGAGUCCGAGUGUACUCUAAGUCUGAGACGUCGGUCAUGAAGGACCGGCCACGAGUAUCACACCAAAGCAGAAGAAGUGGAGGACAUCUCACAGCUUGGCAUGGACGAGGGAGCUUUGAUAGCACGAUACAAAGUGUAUUAUCUGUCGUAUUCCUUCCAUAAGUGGAUCAGAGUAAGCAGCAAGAGGAUCUUAUGAUGCCUUCACACAGAGUUCAGAGUGUAUAUCCCGGGACCUGCAUGAGCUGGAAGCUGGAGGAGGUGUGGUCAGCAUCGUAUUGAUGCGAUGGGUGGUUCACAAGGCGUGGCGUUGUGCAAUGACUGCUUUUAGCGUU